CAUGCCCUUUCUAAUAUGGCCGCAACGUAGGCACGUCUGUUACCUUGUAUGGCGUAGCGCUGUUUUAUCUGGUUGUAUAAUCUAUGAAAAACACGCGACCCCGAUAGUUUACCAGUUUUGUAGCACCAAAAACAAAAAUUGAUGAUAGCUAAUAGUUGCUGUCUUUGAAAAUGUCAUCUAAUAUUUUACCACGCGUACUAAAAACGCUUUUCUGUAACGUUUUUGUUCGGUCAUUAACUUGGCAGUGUUACAGGCUGCGUCCGUCCGUCCGUCCGUCGUCGGCCGAGCAACGGGAGCCGCCAUGGAGUGCCGCGUCCUGUCCAUCCAGAGCCACGUCGUCCGGGGUUACGUGGGCAACAAGAGCGCCUCGUUCCCGUUGCAGGUUUUGGGAUUUGAGGUGGACUCCAUCAACUCGGUGCAGUUUUCCAAUCACACGGGACAGUGUGCGCGUGCGUCCUCCUUCAGGCUAUUCCCACUGGAAGGGCCAAGUUUUGACGGCCGACGAGCUGCACGUUCUCUACGAAGGCAUCAAGCUCAACAACGUGCACCAGUACGAUUACGUCCUCACAGGGUACACCAGGGACACGUCCUUCCUGGAGAUGGUGGUGGACAUCGUUCAGGAGCUAAAGAGAGCCAAUCCGAACUUGGUCUACGUGUGCGACCCGGUGCUCGGUGACCACGGAUCCAUGUACGUCCCUCAGAAUCUGUAUCCGGUGUACAAGAACAAGGUGGUUCCUGUUGCCGACAUCAUCACCCCCAACCAGUUUGAGGCCGAAUUGUUGACAGGCAAGAACAUCAGCACACAGAAAGAUGCCGUAGAGGUCAUGGACCUGCUCCACGCCAUGGGCCCGGACACGGUGGUCAUCACCUCCUCUGAUUUGCCCCCCAGACUGGGCGAUCGCUUCCUGGUGUCGCUGGGAAGCCAGCGUCACGGAAACGACGCUAAAAUCUUCUUCCGCGUUCAAGUUCGUCCCGACGGCAGCAGGACGACGCAGAGGGUCAGAAUAGAAGUUCCCAAAGUGGACGCCGUCUUCGUCGGAACCGGCGACUUGUUUGCCGCUAUGCUUCUGGCGUGGACGCACCACUACCCAAAUGACCUCAAGACGGCUUGUGAGAAAACGUUUUCGGUGAUGCAUCACGUCAUCCAGAGGACCAUAUCGUACGCUCACGAACUAGCAGGUCCCGGUCGGCGGCCCAGCCCGCCCCAGCUUGAACUGCGGAUGGUCCAGAGCAAAGCGGACAUCGAAGACCCCGCCAUCGUGACCGAGGCCACCGUCAUAUCGUAACGACCGCCGGCCUCCCGGCGCCGUCAAAGGUCAUUUUGUAACUCAUCAACCCGUACGGUCCUCUGACCCUUUUUAGCGCUCCCGACGAGCCGUUAGCCGCAAAUGGACAAGAAAUGUAAACAGCUUUAAGGGGGAGGGAAAAAACCCCACCCAAAAAACAGGAUGGUGUGGAAUUGUGCAUCUGUGGCUCCACACGCUUCCACUCGUCUUUUAGCAGUGACGUCAUUGUGACCGACUCCCCCUAGAAAAUACUACAAAGGAAAAAAAAAAAAAAAAACGCACAAUGUAUAGUUGAUGUAUAGAUGUUGUACUAUAACCGCGUAUUGGAGCUUCUGUAUCAUAGCUCAACUGUUCCUUGGCCCAUCGUGUGCUACUCAACGUCACACUCGUGUCUGAUGCAACUUAUCAAAUAUUCCAGUACGGUGUGCCCUUGCCCGUCCGCGGCCCCGCAUAUGCGCAGAUUAUUUUCAAUGUGCCAUAUUUUCACCAUCACAGAGGUGUUAAAUUCUUUUCUAAACAGGUGAGGCACCGCAUUGGACGAUUAGUUGUUGUGUGACUUGUCCGGUAAAGUACAGUCCGACCUCUACUUAUGGGCGUCUCUAAUAACGAAAAAAAAAAAAAAAACGCAAAAAUAUUGUCUCUAGUUACAAAAUAAAAUUCAAGAUACAAAAGGCAAAAAUAGGCGCUGGAUUCGCAGCCCCCCAAAAUUUCACCGAAUGUCAGCAUCCUGUAUCUGGUGAGAGCUACGCCGAGGAGGUCUUUAGUGCCGCAAAGCAUGCUGGGAGGAUAUAAACAGCGGUUAAACUGCAUGUUUUGUGUCAAUUAUUUCCAGAGUCAUUCUUUUCAUUAUUUGCUAGUUUGGUAUGGAAGUAAAUUAGUGCCACCGGGAUUUGAAUUUGAAAUGUAAAGUGACCACAUUUUCAAUAGUUGUAUUUCAGUGUAACUUUUCAACAUUAACAAUUCAAGCGGCUACAAUUCGCUGUCUGAAAUUCACCGUCUGUGCCACCGGGCGGGGUUACUUUAGGUCAGAACCGAACAGCCAGCCAAUCGCAGUUACGCUUUCUUAGUCACAUGACGUCCCAUGCUAAGAAAGCGUAACGAAUUAGCCGCAUCGCCGCAUAAACCGCAGGGCUGAAAGCGUGUGAGAAAAGUCGCGGUUUGUGGGCCAGAAAUGACGGUAUUGUACUCCUCUCUGCCUCGUGAGCGCCAUCAUAUGGCAGCUAACGUAGACACUGAAACGUGCUAGCGUACAUGCUAACAGUGUAACUCUUCAUUGGACAAGUCACACACUAAUUGUGCCCAUAGGGUGGGCUGUCUGUUUUGGAGAAAAUUGGACUUUUAAGUGCAGCUUUUGGUUGCAAAAAUAUGACACAUAUCGUACACGGGCAUAUUAAUACUGCCUCCCUUAAUUAUGUAUUUUCAUUAUUCGCGGGGGUUACGUUCCUUACACUCCCCCAAAUAACGGGGGAACACUGUACUUGUGAACUUGAGGACUUUUGGGGAAACUGCACUUCCCUCCAUGUGAAGCAGGGACGCACAUACCGAUUUUUACAUUUUUAUUCUGGCCCGGCCGAUUCAUCUUUUAAUUGGCCGGCUUUCUUUAGCUUGUCUCAAAUCAGUACAAUUUGACAGAUUUUUUUUUUUUUUUUUUAAUUAUUUUUAAAAUUUUAAAAGAUAAGAAAAUAAAAAAAAAGAUAAUGUAGCAUGGUGGAAUUAGCUGUAAAAGCGUUGGCCUCACAAUUCUGAGUACCCGGGUUCGAUCCCGGACUCUCCUGUGUGGAGUUUGCAUGUUCUCCCCGUGCCUGUGUGGGUUUUCUCCGGGUGGCCCCUCCGGUUUCCUCCCACAUCCCAAAAACAUGCAACAUUAAUUGGACACUCUAAAUUGCCCCUAGGUGUGAUUUGUGAGUGUGAAUGGUCGUUUGACUCGAUGUGCCCCUGCGAUUGGCUGGCGACCCGUUCAGGGUGGACCCCGCCUCCUGCCCGUUGACAGCUAGGAUCGGCACGAGCAGUCCCCACGAAACUGGUGAGGAUAAGCGGCUAAGAAAAUGGACGGAUGGAUGAAACGAGCAAAAAAACAAAAUCUGCAAAAAUGGGUCAGCUAUACAAAUGUUCUGCCUGUAGUCUUUUAUGUGAUUAUAUUUUAUCUUUAUUAUAAAUUAUUACAUUAUUUGUAUAUAUUUUUAAUUUAAUUAAUUGUCUGGUUGAUCAGUUGUUUGAAUUUGAUUCCGUGUAAUCCAAAAUGCAAAUUAUUUGGGCUCUAACUCCAGCGACAAUCGUGAGUCCCGUCACCCAAUCCAGAUGCGAGUCGUAUAUCCAAAACCGAGCCGGAAGAGGCAACAAUCAGGGGUGUUAAAUAUUUACAAUUUUGUUUUGACGUUUGUUGACUCGAUCGGGAAGGGGGGGGGGGUGUCCCUCUUACUGCACGCACCCCACGGGACAAAAUAAUCAUUAAAAUGAUCGGUAUGUGCGUACUCUGCUUAAAACUAAAAUGCAUAUCAGAUGUUUUUACAGUUUCACCAGAUAAAAUCUUUAUUAUUUCUUACUUGCUUGGAAAAACGUGAAAGUCAUGGCUCAAAGUCCAAAACCUGAAGAUCUUACAUAUUUUGUGCAUCAAACAUCCUAAAAAAAAAAAGACGUGACGUGAUCAUUCCAUCUUGCAAUAAUAAUCUUAUAUCUGGAGUUGUACUAGUUAUGUAAAUGUCCUGAUGUCACAAUUUGAAAAACCGACGCCAUCUCGCCAGUUGGCGUGAAACAUUCCAGUUAUGUCUUCCCCCAAAACGGAGGGCGACUUUGUCAUGAAGCAGUUUUCUAUUGUUGUUGUUGUUGUUGUCGUUGUUCUCUGCCGUCUGUCCUGUAAAAACCGUAUUUCCUCAAACCGAGGCCGUGCGCCAUCUUUUCACGCAGACUGGAUGAGACUUAAAACUCUUUUGGCUGAUGUUGGUCACCAAAACAGCAGCACACUCAAACAUUUUUUAAAAAAUUAAUUAGAGCGUGGCAUCUUUGCGCACGUAGAAAACAAAGAUUUGCCUGCAUUUUGACAGACUUCCUUGACACCAAUUCCCAUUUCAGUUGUCCGUUUGCACCGUCUUGUGGCAACUUGUUUUGGGGGGGGGGGGGGGAAUUGUCGUUUCUUAAUUAUUAAUUAAUCAGUUCCAGACAGACACUCAAAUAAAUAUUUCCCAUUGGGAAACGAUAUUAAUCCAAUGAAUCUCAUCCAGAGUCUGGAAUUUCGGCAUGCAAAAACAUUCCCAGAGAAUAACUCCCAUUUCGACACACGGAACACUGAAAUAAAUGUUUUAAUGAAGCGCAUAGAUUAAUUUAUCCAAAAUUCCGAGGAGGAAAAGACAAAAAUCGGUUAUAUGCGGCAGCACACCUGCUGAUUUCAAUCGCUGCUGUAGUACCGUAAUUCCCGGCCUACAGAGCGCACCUGGUUACAAGCCUCACUGAGUACAUUGGUAAAGGAAAUACCAUUUGGUACAUAGACACGCCGCACCUGUGUAAAAUCCGCAAUUGCCCACAUUGAAACACGAGAUAUUUAUACAAAGAAAGACGGUACCAGAAGGAGUUUAACACUACCGCAAGUGCUAACGCGAGAGCCGCGCUAAUGUUAGUGCUAACGUUAGCGCCGCGCUAGACCUAGUGCUAACACUAACAGGGCCGGUUAAAAUAAAACUUUCUGGUAAAUAUUACUGAGACACGCCAGUAACACAGCAGCAACACGCUAGCACAGCGCUAACAGGGCCGGUGAGACGGUCUGAGCGCUCCCGGUGCUGAAAAGUCUCCUUGUGAUGAAUGCGCAGGCGCGUGUAUUAAUACGCAUGCACGUAUGUUUUUGUCUGAAACAUCCCCAUCCAUGCUUCAACAUGUGCAAUUCGGCAACUUGUCGCCGAUUGUUCACGGUCGCUAUGGACGUCUCAGAAAGACGAACACAGCGAAGGUACAUUUACGUGUUUAUCUUUUUAUCAACUUUUGUUUUAAGGUUAGGUUAUAACGUAUGUUAGCUCCCUCUACGUAGAAGAAGGGGAACUAUGAGACCGGGGGGAUUUCGCAGUAAGCGUCUGCUACGUACCCAGAGUUCCCCCUGUUAGUAACGCAGGCGCAUUCAUCACAAGGUGACUUUUCAGCGUGGGGGAGCGCUCAGAAAAAAUGCACAAACGAGCCGCAUCACCGCAUAAACCGCAGGGUUGAAAGCGUGUGAAAAAAGUCGCGGCUUGUAGGCCGGAAAUUACGGGAGGUGCCGCCACCCCUCGGCAGUUGAGUAAAUAUCCGGCAGCCUCUAUCUGAGCAAAUACGGUGUUUGGGGAGGUGCUGACAAUUAUGCGGACCGCACUUAGCAACGGGUCAGUAGACAAGUAAAAUGUAUUUUGGUGUUUUGUUUUUCUAACCGUGUGCUGACUUUGUACUGGUAAUCGUGCGGUGACUCGUCAAGCUGCUUUUAGCUCACUUUCGCGCAUAUUUAUCUCCGCUCGUGCGCUCGUCCGUCUUUUUGACUACAGUGUCUUAGCUUCCUGCUCGCCGAGCAGGCGGCCACGUCGAUCGGUCCAAAUGUCGACCCCCCCCCUCCCCCCGUUUCUUUUUGAGGCUGCGUGUGUUUGUGUGUAUUUCUAUCCACGAAUGGUCACAGGGUUGUUGUGAGCGUGGGUGAUGA